CCUCCUCCUCGGCCUCCAGCCGCCAGCCAACCGCGCGGCCGCUUGUUGAGCCCGGGCUCCACCGUCUCCAUGACGCCCGGCAAACAUUCCGGUGCUUCAGCCCUCGCCGCUAACGCCCGGGGUUGGGGUGCAGGGGCUCCCGGAGCCGGCGGGGAAAGGGGUGCUCGGCCACUCCCCAGCCCGUCGCCACCAUGCCCGGCACUCCGAUAGACUACUACAGGAAGCCGAGCGGCGCAUCGAACUUAGGCAGUCCAAAAAAGAAGUCUUUUACUGCCCUUUCUAGCCCAGGAAAAGGAGCUCAAACAAAAGGAUAUCUUGGUGUGACCCCAAGCAGAAUGGGCUCAUCAAAAAUCAUGGCGGCAUUACCAGAGAUAAAAACAGAUAAAAUGACUACCAUAAAGGCAGCCAUACAGGUGUUUGAUGUAAAUGGAGCUGAUGUUACUCCUCGACCUCUUUACCGUCCAGAUCCACAUACUGGUACACCAAAGCCAAAUAAACUAUUGACAUCACAAGAUGGAUCAUUCUCAUCAGAAUUUGUACCUUCCCACAGCCUUUAUCAAAAUACACUAAAUCCUAGUAUGUUAGGGCAGUUUUCAAGGUCAGUUUUAGGAAGCAGUACAGUGUCUAAGUCAAGUCUAUCAACUAGUGAGUCAAUGGCAGAAGACCUAGAAGAAGCCUAUAAACGAGAAGGACUGGCUAGUGUUACAGAGUUACAAAUUCCAAAGAAAACAACCAGAAAAACUAUAACCAAAGAAGAACUAAAGAAGACUAUAGACAUACUACUCACCGAGACAGAAACAGUGACAUUGUUUAACCUACCAACAGUCAUGAUUUCUGUAGAAGCUGAAGAAGCUGAAAAAAUACUGAGAUUUUUGAUCUCUCACUUUUUGGUGCGAUCCACAUUAAGAAGCCAGAGAAACAAGAAUUAUGAGAACCUUUGUAAAAAUAGAUUAGGCAAUGACUUAUAUGUUGAAAGAAUGAUGCAGACUAUUAAUGGAGCACCAAAGAAUAAAGAUGUUCAAUGUGACAGAAUUAUAAAGGAAAACAAAGGCAUAAUGUCUACUGCUUGGGAUUUAUAUGAUUCUUACAACACUCUGGAGCUUGCAUCUUUACCAGUAAAACAAUCUACAAUUGACUCAAGCUGCAGAGGAAGUCUAAGACGAUCUAUAAUUGAGUCGAGCAGUAAAGUCAGUGUACUUUCUAAAGAUCAGGAUCGAAGAGGGCCAGGAAGUACUAUAGAAAAAAAUAGUGACGCUAGUUCUAUAAUGGAAAUAGAAAAUGCAAUUCUGGCUAAAAUGCAUGAUGAAGAAGAAGACCACUCAGAAGCAAUAUUCAAAUCCGAAAAGUUUCACCAGGACUUAUUUUUUAUGGAACGAGUUCUAAUGGAGAAUGUAUUUCAGCCCAAACUUGCAGCUUAUCGUCAGCUUCCUAUUUUAAAAGAACCAAAACCUGAAGGGCCUAAAGACCUUUCAGAAGGUAAAAAACGUGAAGAGGUAGAAGAGAAGAAGGAAGAGGAAGAAGACAUAGAAAUAGGUGAAGAACAAUCAACAAUACCAGCCAAUUUGGAACGACUUUGGUCCUUUUCCUGUGACUUAACCAAAGGUCUUAAUGUGAGCAGCCUUGCCUGGAAUAAAGCAAAUCCAGACCUUUUGGCUGUUGGCUAUGGGCAUUUUGGAUUUAAAGAGCAAAAAAAAGGAUUGGCUUGCUGCUGGUCAAUAAAGAAUCCCAUGUGGCCAGAACGUAUUUAUCAGAGUCCAUAUGGAGUUACUGCUGUGGAUUUUUCCAUUGGAACACCUAAUCUUUUAGCAGUUGGCUAUCACAAUGGCACCAUUGCAGUUUAUAAUGUACAGAGCAACGUUAAUGUUCCAGUUCUGGAUAGCAGUGAAUCACCUCAAAAACAUUUGGAACCUAUAUGGCAACUACAGUGGAUAGAACAAGAUCGAGGAACAACAGGUGAUGACAAGAGAGAAAUACUAGUUUCUAUAUCAGCAGACGGAAGAAUCGCCAAAUGGAUUAUACGCAAAGGACUGGACUGUUAUGAUUUGAUGCGUUUGAAGCGAACUACUUCCAGCAUCAGCAGAAGAGGAGGGGAAAAGGAAAAGAAAGGUGAAGCUUUGAUAUCUCGUCAAGCUCCUGGGAUGUGCUUUGCUUUUCAUCCCAAGGACACAAAUAUCUAUUUGGCUGGUACUGAAGAAGGUCACAUUCACAAAUGUUCUUGUUCAUAUAAUGAACAAUACCUAGAUACCUACAGAGGACAUAAGGGUCCAGUGUAUAAAAUAGCAUGGAAUCCGUUUUGUCAUGAUGUGUUCUUAAGCUGUUCUGCAGAUUGGGGCGUUAUUAUAUGGCAACAGGAAAAUACCAAGCCUUUUUUGAGUUUUUACCCAACUACUUAUGUUGUUUAUGAUGUUGCCUGGUCCCCAAAAUCAUCCUAUAUAUUUGCAGCUGCAAAUGAGAACAGAGUGGAGAUUUGGGACCUUCACAUCAGCACUUUGGAUCCUCUAAUUGUGAAUGUUGCUAACCCUGGAAUCAAGUUCACAACUGUUCUCUUCGCUAAACAAACAGAUUGCCUUCUAGUGGGAGACAGUGACGGACAGGUUGCUGUGUAUGAACUGAGAAAUAUGCCCACUGCUUUGUCUUCUGGCCGGAGAGAUGUGAUAGAUAGUUUGCUUGGACCAAGGUCAAAUCAACCAGCAUAAAUUGUCAUUACUGAUAUCCUUUCUUGUUGAUUGUUUUUUUUUAAAGGAACAAUGUUUAAUAUCUAACAGUCUGAUUGGAUGCAGUAAGCUGGGAUUUUGAUUUUAGAAAACAAUAUUUAAUGUAUAACUUCUAUUUGAACUUAAUAGAAAUUUAAUCAACCUUUAUUCCAGAGAUAUGUUGUUAGUUUUUUAUCCAAGCUAAUUGUAAGGGUAUUGUUGGGAUUUUCUUAAUUUUUGAAAGAUACUCCUACUCCAUUUCUUAAUCAUAUUCCAAGUAUACAUACAUACUUAUAAAAUGUCUAUGUAUGUUAGAAAAUUACUAUUCCUUUAGAAGAAAAGCUUGGAGGUUAUUAGAAUUACUUAAACAAAAAUCUUUAUUAAAUCUAAGUUCUAUACACAUUUAAAUCUUCUGUUUUCCAAGGUUUGUGAAUUAUGCAGGUGUUAGUAUUAAGAAAAUACUGGAUUCUCAUACUCAACUUUAAAUCAAUAUUCAUCCUCUUAGAUCUGAGAGCUGAGCUAUAGAACUUUAUUAGACUAUUUGACAAGCAAAAGACAUGACAGCAAAAGUCAGAAUUGCACUGUUUGGCCAGCAGGCAUGACACUCGCAGUUCAGGGAGAAGAGUUAGUCUGGGACACAUCAGGGCUCCCUCCUCUGCAUGCCCAGAAUCUGCCCAGACUUAAGUGGGCCCACAGAGAAAACAGAAAGUCCCUGAUCUAUAGUUUGCAUCAGGAUGUUAUUUUAUAAUGACUUCUAGGGCAAGCUUGUGGAAAUAGAAGGAGUAGGAGGCAGUGACUCCUCCAAACAUAGAUUGCUAACAGUCUGUUCCAUGCUGUUUGUUUCAACAAGUCCUGGUUUUUGUUAACUGAGGCUGAAAGACAGUAUGGCCUAUAAAGCAUGUUACGUGAGGAGGACAAGACAAGGCAUUUAAAACUCACUAAACUCUCUAAAAAAGAUAUAUAUUAAAACUAAGAAUACAAUCCGUGCAACAGUGGGAACUACCUUUCACAAGUAUCAAUUUCUUCAAUAUCUCCAUUUCUUUGGAGCCAUCCGUUAAACAAAAGCAAGGAAACUUUUAGGUAGACUGAGAUCUUAGGUCAUGUUAUAAGGAACAUACAUUUCCUACUGGUAGAAGUCUAUUGUAAUACAUCCCCUUGUCUUUCUGAAAGGUUGGACUUUCCAUAGCACCCUGUGCAACAAAAUAAAAAAUUUCAUUGGAAAAAAGUGUUUC